UUUAGGAUGGGUUACCUAAUGCAAUUCAUUAGCCUUCACAUUCCAAAAGCCUCUCAGUGCCGUUUCCGAUGACAAUUAUGAGCCGCACCCGGAUUCCUUGUAUUACACGCACGCCCACUUGUCCGUUUACGCCUAAUUCCCAACCUGAAUCUGCUAUGAGUGACUUUACGUUUGAUUAUGGACAGUCACCAAACUCCAUUUACGAGUGACCCAGUGUGUAAUCAAUUACGGACUCAUCGGUGAAUAAGACCGUUGUCAGGUCCUAGAAAUACAUACCCAAGUUGAAACAAGCAGCCAAUCAUCACCCUUGGCGGCUAGAUCUCAUCUGACGCAUGAGCUAACCAUACGACACAUCCGACACAUACGACACUACAGUACGACACCGCGCCUAAAUAGAUUUAAGUUGAGAGUCGAAACGCCCCUCGGAAUUGUCCUAGUCUUUAAUUAAAUUUUCGAGAGCAAAGGAUCGUCGGAAACGUCUUUGUUUCCAUGUCCACUAAAGCGACUUGCCCAUUUUGUUCUAAACAGUUUUUCGAAUAUGCCCUGCUAGUCCAUAUAGAAAUCCAACAUUGUGAAGAAGAGAAGUCACCAUUCAUCCCGGAUGAAGGCUGGGAAGCGGCGGAUUUCGAGGAAUUAUCGGGAAUAGGAUCAGGAUCGGGAUCAGGCACGCAAAGGGAAGUUGACGAGAAAGUCGACGAGAACGAGUUGACCGACUACUGCGAGUGCCCCGUCGAGGAUUGCGGUGAAGUGAUUCCCCUUAAUCAUCUGCAGAAUCACAUCGACAUGCAUGGCUACGAGCAUGCUCAGCAUGGCUUUCCCGAAGAUUACUCAGAGCAAUCAACGCAGCCCAGCACCGAUGACUUGAUGUCGGACAGUGAUUACCUCCAGACGCCGGCGGAGCAUACGCCAAGCAUGUCCCCGGGGCCCGCCGAGGCCGGCCUCAACGGCCCGGGUACCGCCUCGUCCAACUGGAGGCACUUGUUAAACAUCCCUCAUAGACCAAGAAACCAACCGCCGCUCCAUGUUGCCGAGGGGGUUCAGGUUAAGCAAGUUAAGAGGCUUGGCAAGAAAGAACUCGGAACAUACCACAAGGAGGAGAGGAUGCCGGAAUGGCUUUUCAAUAUGAUAACCAAGUACAAUUACAAAAGCUCGCAAGGGGCCAUACCCGUCCUCGCGCAGUACAUACAACAGAGUUCUAAGACCCAAUAUGCGUAUCUCUGCAAUCCCGCAACCCAGCAUAUCUCUAAACUAAGGAGAGAGGGUGGCUUCUGUGGCUACAGAAAUAUCCAGAUGUUGGUAUCAUACAUUGUCGGGACGGGUGCAGUGGGCGCCGCAGCCUUUGGCUAUGAAAUCCCAACUAUCUUCCAAAUCCAGGACAUGAUCGAGAAUGCCUGGGACCGCGGCAUUCACCCGGACGGCAGAAUAGAACUCGGCGUCCUCAGACGCACCCGCAAAUACAUCGGGACUCCAGAGGCAUCAACACUCUUCCAAAGCCUAGGUAUACAAUGGAGUUAUACGGGUCUCAAGAAUAAAGAGGGUGAUGCGCCCACGGCAUCAGAGCAUAGAUUAUAUGAUUAUGUCGAGAACUAUUUCUCAUCAUGUCCCGGCGUCAAGACGCGAGGCAGUGUCCGCAACACAACCCGGCCUCCCCUUUACUUCCAGCACCAAGGCCACUCUAUGACGAUCAUCGGAAUAGAACGGACGGCCAAAGGGACUCGAAACCUCCUGGUUUUCGACCCAUCUCACCAGGACCCCACAAGCAUCACCAAGUACAUUGGACACAGCAUCGACCAUUCCCGCGCCCACCCGGACGAUGUGCUCAAAUUUUACCGGCGCGGACCCAAGUACCUAUCCGCGUAUCAACAUUUUGAGGUUCUUCAGUACGUCAUCGUUCUCUCAUUCUGUAACGUCGUGUCUUGAGCUAACAUGAGAUGUGUGAUAUAGAUUGAAAUAAUAUAGUUGAAGGCCUGCUGUACUCUUUUUCCUUCUUCUACCCAGUGCUUAGUCAUAUACCUGUCUGUUUCGAUACG